AUGGCGGCCGCGUGUUUGGGAUGCUUGGCCGGGUAUAUAAGAACUGCAAAGGUGAGGCCGGCUCCUGACCCGAGGGGGGCCCCCACGCGGGCUCUGGCCUCUCAGUGCGGACGCAUCGAGCUCCGGCCCCCACCCCUGCAUUCGCGAUUGGCUCCCGGAGGAGGGUGGCUGGUGCUGCCGCCGCUGCAGCAUCUCCUAGGGAGCCGCGACCCUGCGCCCGCCGCUGCUGCCGCUGUCACCAGCCCGGCCCCAGGGGUGCCCUGGGCUCCGCGGCUGAGGCGCCUAGGGAGUCGCCCCCCUAGUGGACGGCCUCUAAGGAGAUCCCGGCCACCCUCUGGGAACCUGGAAUCCUCCAAGCAUCGUCUUUCUUGCUCGCAUCUUCAGAGAGAGGUGCUGAGCCCUCCCUCAUGGAUAUGGGGUCCUGGGAGGCAGCCUUCACCAGGGACCUGCCCAGGAAACCAUCAGCUGCCCAGCUGUAGCUGUGCAUUGAUGGCACCGUGCGGCCCGGCUGCAGGUCCCGCAGCCAUGGAGAGGACCCAGCAGGCGGUUCGGGGAGAGCCCGGCUCGGCGCGUGGUCAGCUCCAAGUCAGCCCUGAAAUGUCCAUUACUCACAAAGAAAAGGAAAAUGCUCGUUUGAAAGAAAUUCUCUUUGACAAUGCUGAGGCAUUCUCUCAGCCCCAGCCCCACAGUGCUCCAGUGAGUGAAGGACGACAGCUGACGGGGAAGUUCAGCACAUCUGUCCUGACCAAGGCUGGAGGCGAUGCCUGUCCAUGCAGCUGGGAAUGCCUCCUCCGCUGUGCUGCAGCCACUGCUGAAGGGACUCCACCUGGCACCUGUGCCACCAAUGGCCCCUGAACGGGUAUCCAGGCCCACCUUUAAUAAAGAUGAGCUGCUCAUUCCCA